AUGGAGCUGUCGGAGGUGCGUUGCUCCGGGGCCAGCGAGGAGCUCUACACCAUCAACAAGACCCCCAGCUCCGGACGGGCCAAGCGCCUCCUGUGGCAGAACGCGGUGCGGCACAUCACCGAGCAGCGCUUCAUCCACGAGCACAGCAGCCGCGACGAGGAGGAGUACGGGCCGGAGCAGGGCCAGAGGAAGGGCUCCGGGGGCCGCGCUUCGCUCAGCCAUAACAACGGAGGGACCAAGGUGUUUCCAGAGCGCACGUCCGACCUGGGCUUCCUCCAGAUCGACUGCGCUCCCACAAACUCGGACUUCUUCCUGAACUGGGGCUACUCGUACCGCGGCGUUAUCUUCCCCACGCUGCGCAACGCCUUCAAGUCCCGUGACCUGGAGCGCCUCUACCAGCGCUACUUCCUGGGCCAGCGGCGCAAGUCUGUGGUGGUCAUGAACCUUCUGGACGUGGUCACCAAGCUCACGCUGCUGGUGCUCCAUCUGACCCUGGCGUCCACGCGCAUGGACCCGGUGAAGGGGGCGCUGCUGGGCUUCUUCACGGGCAUCGAGGUGGUGGUGUGUGCCUUGGUGGUGGUGCGGAAGGACGCGGCGUCGCACAGUUACCUGCAGUACAGCGGCGUGGUGACCUGGGUUGUCAUGACGACGCAGAUCCUGUCGGCCGGGCUGGGGUACGGCCUGCUAGGCGACGGGGUUGGUUACGUGCUCUUCACGUUGUUUGCCACCUACAGCAUGCUGCCCCUGCCCCUCACCUGGGCCAUCGCCGCCGGGCUGUUCACCUCCACUCUGCACAUCCUGGUCCAGAUGUUUCUGUCACGCACAGCCACACUGUCCACCAACCAGGUGGCAGCUCAGGCGGUGCUCUUCCUCUGCGUGAACACCGCAGGAGUCUUCAUCAGUUACCUGUCGGACCGCGCUCAGAGACAGGCCUUUCUGGAGACGCGCCGCUGCAUCGAGGCGCGACUGAGGCUGGAGACCGAGAACCAGAGACAGGAGCGUCUGGUUCUGUCGGUGCUGCCGCGCUUCGUCGUCCUGGAGAUGAUCAACGACAUGACCAACGUGGAGGACGAGAACCUCCAGCACCAGUUCCACCGCAUCUACAUCCACCGCUACGAGAACGUCAGCAUUCUUUUCGCAGACGUCAAAGGCUUCACCAACCUGUCGACCACGUUGUCCGCGCAGGAACUCGUCCGCAUGCUCAACGAACUGUUCGCACGAUUCGACCGCCUGGCACAUGAGCAUCAUUGUCUUCGUAUAAAGAUCCUGGGUGACUGUUAUUACUGUGUGUCUGGUUUACCGGAGCCCCGCCCAGACCACGCCCACUGCUGCGUCGAGAUGGGCCUCAGCAUGAUCAAGACCAUCAGGUACGUUCGCUCCAGGACCAAACACGACAUCGACAUGCGCAUCGGGAUCCACUCGGGCUCCGUCCUCUGCGGCGUCCUCGGCCUCCGCAAGUGGCAGUUCGACGUCUGGUCCUGGGACGUGGACAUCGCCAACAAACUGGAGUCUGGAGGCAUCCCCGGGAGGAUCCACAUCUCCAAGGCGGCCCUGGACUGUCUGAACGGGGACUACGAGGUGGAGGAGGGCCACGGGAAGGACCGCAACGACUUCCUGCGGCGCCACAACAUCGAGACGUUCCUGAUCAAGCAGCCGGAGGAGAGCAGCCUGAGCCCCCCCGAGGACAUCAUGAAGGAGGCGGGCGGGGGGGCCGACCGCCGCGCCAGCACCGCCACCUUCAACGAGGCGUCCUGGAGCCCCGAGCUGCCCUUCGACAACAUCAUGGGCAAACAGAACACCCUGGCCGCUCUAACACGAAACUCCAUUAACCUGCUCCCCAACCAUCUCGCUCAAGCUUUGCAUGUCCAGUGUGGGCCCGAGGAGAUAAACACGCGCAUAGCCAGCUCCAUCCAGCAGAGGAGCGGAGAUAAGCUGAGACGCGAGCACAUGAAGCCUCUGUCACUCAUGUUUAGAGUCUCCAGCCUGGAACAGAAGUACUCCCAGAUGAGGGACGAGGUCUUCAAGUCCAACCUGGUGUGCGCCUUCAUCGUGCUCAUCUUCAUCACGUCCAUCCAGAGCCUGCUGCCCUCGGCCAGCAUGGUGACGAUGGGCGUGCAGUUCUCGGUGUUGAUCGCGCUGCACUCGUGUCUGCUCCUGGUCACUACGGCAGAGGAUUACAAGUGUCUCCCCCUGGUGUUGAGGACGGCGUGCUGCUGGGUCAACGAGACCGCCUCCGCACGCAACGCCAUCGUCUGCCUCUCCAUCCUCAUCAACUUCCUGGCCGCCAUGAUCAACAUCUUGUGGUGUGACUUCGACAAGCCCAGCGCGCUCCGAAACCAGACGUACAACAUGUCCGGGGCGGUGUCAGACAUCUGCUUCUACCCCGAGUACUUUGUGUUCACGGGCGUGCUGGCCAUGGUGACCUGCGCCGUGUUCCUGCGCCUCAACUCCGUGCUGAAGCUGGCCAUCCUCCUCCUCAUGAUGGGAGUGUACUCUCUGCUGACCGAGGCCUUCUACACGGCCCUGUUUGUGCGAUACGACACUGUCCACCACAACACACAGAACUUCUUGGGGACCAAAGAAACAUCUCUUCUUCUCAUGGCCAUGUUCCUCCUGGCCGUCUUCUACCACGGACAGCAGUUGGAGUACACUGCGAGGUUGGAUUUCUUGUGGAGGGUCCAGGCGAAGGAGGAGAUCAACGAGAUGAAGGAGCUGAGGGAGCACAACGAGAACAUGCUGAGGAACAUCCUGCCCAGCCACGUGGCAAGACACUUCCUGGAGAAGGAUCGCGACAAUGAGGAGCUGUACUCUCAGUCGUACGACGCAGUGGGGGUGAUGUUCGCGUCCAUCCCGGGCUUCGCAGACUUUUACUCUCAGACGGAGAUGAAUAACCAGGGCGUGGAGUGUCUGCGUCUGCUCAACGAGAUCAUCGCAGACUUCGACGAGCUGCUGGGAGAGGAACGCUUCCAGGACAUCGAGAAGAUCAAGACCAUCGGCAGCACCUACAUGGCAGUGUCCGGCCUGUCCCCCGAGAAGCAGCAGUGUGAGGAUAAGUGGGGACACCUGUGUGCUCUGGCAGACUUCGCCAUCGCGCUGAACGAGAGCAUCCAGGAGAUCAACAAACACUCCUUCAACAACUUUGAGCUGAGGAUCGGCAUGGCUCACGGGUCAGUGGUCGCCGGCGUGAUCGGAGCCAAGAAGCCCCAGUACGACAUCUGGGGCAAAACGGUGAACCUGGCGAGCCGCAUGGACAGCACCGGGGUCAGCGGCAAGAUCCAGGUCCCCGAGGAGACCUACCUGAUCCUCAAAGAGCGCGGGUUCGCCUUCGAGUACCGCGGCGAGAUCUACGUGAAGGGCAUCAGCGAGCAGGAGGGCAAGAUCCGCACGCACUUCCUCCUGGGCCGCGUCCAGCCCAACCCGCUCAUCCUGCAGCCGCGCAAGAUCACCGGGCAGUACUCGCUGGCCGCCGUGGUCCUGGGGCUGGUGCAGUCGCUCAACCGGCAGAAGCAGAAGCAGAUACUCAACGAAAACAACAACUCUGGGAUCAUGAAAGGACACCAUUACAACCGCAGGACGUUGUUAGCGCCCGCGGGGUCGGACAGCACAAGCGGGCACCACGCCGAGUCCACCGACAAAACCGAGCUGUCCUGAGGAAAAGAGGAGAGGGACGGCGAUUACACACACUCA